AUGGCCCAUUUCAAAGCUGCCAACUGGAAGCGUGAGCAGUUCCGGAGGUGCUUGGAAAAGUUGGGGGUGAUGGAUGCACUGGCCAAGCUGUCGGUAACCUUACAUGAAGAGUCAAAGAAACCUAAUAGUGCUUUGGACUUUUUUUUUUUUUAUGGAGCUGCUACCCCAGGUAAUCCAGAGAUAGAGCAGCUUUGCCUAGAAUUGGCAGAAAUGAAAGAAAAAUGUGAAGCUAUUGUAGAAGAAAACAAAAAACUGAAGACAAAGCUUGCUCAGGGUGAACCACUUGAGGAGAAGCAUGCUGAACAGGAUUAUUAUGUGAAAAGACGCUAA